AUGCGCGGUCUUACCUCGAUUCCCCUAAUAGCUUUGGCCGUUAGUGGCUGUGUCGGUUCCCCACUUAGCGACAUCGGUCACAAAAGGGAGUCGAACUUUUUGGGUGAAAGCCUGGGCAUCAAGGCCGACUCCAUGGUCAGCUAUGAUGGUAUCUAUUUCGGCUGGGCUCCCAAUUACAGCCCCCGGGUCACCAUGACCGACCUCAACGAGGCGACGGGUCAAAAGGGCGCCACCUACAAUGUCUACUCACAGAUCACCCAGGACAACGUGGAAUCCGGGUCAUAUGAUGGCAACGAUCAAUACCCGGUGGACGAUAUCAUUGCCUCCGGGGCCGUUCUGAUCGCUUCCCUGAUGCCGAAGGUCGACUGGGAGGACAUCACGCCUGAGCUGUGUGAAUCAGUCGCUUCCUACUUCAAAGACACCUUCACCAGCAAGGGUGUCACCGUCUGGCUUCGCUAUGCCCAUGAAAUGAACUACUACGCCGAUCCUAAUGUCGUGGUUUAUCCUGGCGGCCGUGACUACGCCGCCUUCAACCAGACCUGGAAAGAUAUGUAUACAGCGACGGAGUCCAACGACAUGAUCUACAUGUUCUGGUCGCCGAAUGUGGACACGGACUCGGAACCCAUCGCACCUUGGUGGCCCGGUAAGGAGUACGUCGACAUCGUGGGAAUGGACUACUACCCUGAAGGUGAUGCUCUUCCGGACUUUGCCACAGCCUAUGGAAGCUUCUACGACACCUAUGCCAAGGGUUAUAGCCUGCCGUUUGCUAUCGCCGAGACCGGCACACAGCUGAACAACGGCGCCGCUACCACGGCCCAGAAGCAGCAGUGGCUGAAGAGCAUCAUUAAUCCGUCGGAGGGACUGGGUGACUACAGUGAAUACUAUGUCAGCUGUACCUGGUUCGAGUAUGGCCCACCUGCCAACAGCAUCGACUUCUACAUCGUGUACAAUCAGACGGAGAAUGCGGUGCUGGAGACCAUCUCCAACACCGAGAAUGGGCCCUAG